CACAACUUCUCACAUUUUUGCGGGUUCCGGCCCUUCUCUCCCGUUUCGAGCGGGUUGCCGCUUUGCUUCAUGAUACGAACCGUCGGUCCUCAAGUGUACUAAACCCAAGGAUUAGGAGUGACAAUGUUCCCCAUGGAAAAAUCCGAUAUGCAAAGCCCCAAUUAAACAAAAGUCCAGUGCGGAAUUAAAGAAAAUGCGGAAAAAGUUGCACCAACUCUGCCCAAGGUAGCCGAAAAGCUUCUGUCCGAAGGACAGAACACCAUACGUGCUACGAUAGUGAUUGUGCUUUUGAGGUGUUGAAGGUGUGGUCCAAAGUUAGCAUAAUUUCUUAAGAACUCACCGAAAUAUCUUCGCAUGUGACACCAAGAAUGUUCCUAGAGAAACCCCUUCCGGUAGACCUCAAAAGCUAUCACAGACCCUGAUAUAGUAUAUAAAGCACGUCUUGUAAGUGCUUCUUAAGAGGUAUCGAUGACUUCCUUUUUAGAAAGUGAACCGGCAUGAGCAGUGGUGAAGGAACGAUUAUGCAGGAGGCUGGUGCCUUUGAGGACGUAGACAUGGCUACCGCAACAUCAGCAUCUUCCAACCUUAAACCCCGCAGCGGGAAGAUAAGUUUCAGCGUAGAUUCGCUGCUGAGCGGCACGAAGAAGUCGCCGUCGGCUACCUUCGGAAGGAGGGAUUCCGAGUCUGAAAGGUUGGAGGCGGACAAGAAUUUCGAAAUGGAAGCGAGAUAUCGAGAACUUUUAAUGGAGCAACAACGUCUCCAAAGCAGAGAACUCCUUGCCAGGUUAAGUCCUCAUGGCUUGUCCCCGUUUGGACAUCAUCAGCGGACACCGCUCCCCGACCACCGCCAGGAGAUGUUGACUGUUAAGGAUUUUUCUAGAACUAAUCAUGACAAGUCCUCAUCACCUACCAGGAUCGAAAUGGAGCAGCGGGACCAGGACGACGGAAGUGGUUGUGUUUCGCCUAAUAGACUCAAUGAACUCAGACGAGAGCGUCAGGAUGAGGACAGGAUGUUAAAUCGGUCUGUGUCGCCCAUACGGCGAGAGUUUGAUGAUAGAAGUGAUUCGGAUGCUAAUAGGUCCCUCGAGGGCGAUAGGACGACUGACCAACUUGAUGAUGAGCAGGAAAUAAGGAGCGUGGGCCAGUCCGAGGACCUCAAUGUGAUGGACUCGGACUGUGAACUUGAGAGGGACUUAGAGCUGGGGAACCAGGAGAAGGAGAAAUCAAGCCCAGUAGUUCCCCAACCUAUACACCCUGGGGUGCAAAGGUCCUCAGGACCUUACCUUGGGGCGCCAGGGGGUCCAGGAUGGAAUCCCGGGGGAUUUCCUCAUUCCCUUGCUGGAUUCGCGUGGCUCCCCCCUCCCCCACACUCGCAUAAUCAUCACGGACACCUAUACACAGCUCAUGGAGGACCUACUAGUCCAAAUGGUGAUUUAAGAUUGCCAGGUCCAGGUCCCGGGCCAGUAAGAUGUACCUUGAGGAAACACAAGCCUAAUAGGAAGCCACGUACACCCUUCACAACGCAGCAACUUUUGUCGCUAGAAAAAAAAUUUCGAGAGAAACAGUACCUAACGAUAGCAGAAAGGGCAGAAUUUUCAUCGUCACUUCACCUUACGGAAACACAGGUGAAGAUAUGGUUUCAAAAUAGAAGGGCAAAGGCGAAACGACUUCAAGAAGCGGAAAUCGAGAAACUGAGGUUAUCAGCAAGGCCCCUAUUGCAUCCAAGUUUCGGCUCGGGACUGAUGUUUUCCGGAGUGGGACCUCCGGGAACACCAGGAGUACCACCUUUUAUCGCAGCAGCCAUGGCUAGGCAUUCCCAUGCUGCAGCUGCAGCAGCCAUGUUCAUGGGGCCUCCUGGACACAGACCUUGAAAUUGAUGUUGUUAGUCCUCUGCAAGGUUCAAACCUCCUACAAACGUGAUAAUACAAAUUUACUUAUUAAUUUGGAGGCUACAACAUUCGUGAUAAUUUUCAAAGUGGAGAUUUUGCCAAUCAUUUUUACGUUUUAAUCACUGCGAAAUAUCAACAUUUCUUUUCCAAUCUGUACCCGUAGAGUUAAAACAAAUUAUAAUUCACGGUUUUUGCGUCUGGACUACCGUUUUAGAAAAACCUGUAGGUCAAUCUGGUUAUUUUAAAUAAUCUACUUUAUCAUUCGGUUUUGUUGAUAUCAUCAGAAUUUUACCAUUUUCUUCAAUUUAUAAACUGCUAGUUCUAAAGAGCGAAGGAAUAAAUUUGUAUCUUUGUUUUUAAAAAGAAAGCAGCUAUAUAAUUGGCAAGUCAGGGAAAAUCAUAGAGAAGUCAGGAAUAUCGAAAACAAUAUUGCAAAAUUUAGGAAAUUUCUGUAAGAAGAAAUUAUCAAGAAUUAUCAGGGCUGCCACACAGUCACUAAGUAAUUUUGUGAAGAUAAAGUCACUAUAGUCGCUUUUUAAAAUAAAAAGGUCACUUCAGUCACUUUUCUUUUAAUAAAUCGAUCCAAGUGUUGACCACUAUUGAAUUCAGGUCUACACCUAUUUCUGAAAUUUCUUAAAUUAUUUAAAAAUAUUUUAGGGUAUUUCAAACAAUUCCUGA